GACUCGCGCCGAGCCUCGCCGGGGUCGAAGGCGGGAGGCUGCGGGCGGGAGGCGGCGGUCUAUGCCGGGGCCCCGGGACCGCCGCGGCCAGAGCUCCCAGCCGCCGCCCAGCCCUCCGCAACAUGCCGGUCGCCGCCGGGCCCCGGCCCCGCUGAGCGCCCCCGCUGUGGAUCUAAUGUCUCCGUGAAGGUGCCGCGGCAGCCGCCUCAGCUUUGCCUCGGGAGGAGCAGCCGGCUGCGGUAGGGUUUUCUUCCCGUCUCGGAAGCCCAUCAGAGGCACCAACUGCUCCGCCGGCUCGCACCCACCUCGGGAAGAUGGGAAGCAAGGCUCUGCCAGCCCCCAUCCCGCUGCACCCGUCCCUGCAACUCACUAACUACUCCUUCCUCCAGGCUGUGAACACCUUCCCCGCAGCUGUGGACCAGUUGCAAGGUCUGUAUGGACUCAGCGCCGUGCAAACCAUGCACAUGAACCACUGGACAUUGGGCUACCCCAAUGUGCAUGAAAUCACCCGCUCUACCAUCACGGAGAUGGCGGCCGCGCAGGGCUUGGUGGACUCCCGCUUCCCUUUCCCCGCGCUGCCCUUUGCCACGCACCUCUUCCACCCCAAGCAAGGGGCCAUCGCCCACGUCCUCCCAGCGCUGCACAAGGACAGGCCCCGCUUUGACUUUGCCAACCUGGCCGUGGCCGCCACGCAGGAGGACCCCCCCAAGGUGGGGGAGCUCGCCAAGCUGAGCCCCGGACUGGCCUCGCCCCUGUCGGGCAUCAGCAAGCUGUCCCCGGACAGGAAGCCUUCCCGCGGCCGCCUGCCCUCCAAGACGAAAAAGGAGUUCAUCUGCAAGUUCUGCGGCAGGCACUUCACCAAGUCCUAUAACCUCCUCAUCCACGAGCGAACCCACACGGACGAGCGGCCUUACACCUGCGACAUCUGCCACAAGGCGUUCCGGAGGCAGGACCACCUGCGGGACCACCGGUACAUCCAUUCCAAAGAGAAACCCUUCAAGUGCCAGGAGUGCGGGAAGGGCUUCUGCCAGUCCAGGACCCUGGCGGUCCACAAAACCCUACACAUGCAGGAAUCUCCACACAAAUGCCCCACAUGUGGAAGAACCUUUAAUCAAAGAAGUAACCUGAAAACUCACCUUCUUACCCAUACAGACAUCAAGCCCUACAACUGUGAGCAGUGCGGCAAAGUGUUCAGGCGCAACUGUGAUCUACGGCGGCACAGUCUAACUCACACCCCGCGGCAGGACUUCUAGAGCAGCCAGGGACCCGCGCCCGCUCCGGCAGCUCCAACUUGCCCACUUUACUCAAGGAGUGUAUUGUAGGAACUCACAGACGCGCACACACACACACGGAGACACGCACGCAGACUCGGGCCAAGCUUUCCUACCACAUGUCUGCGAAACUCGUUUAGAGAGUGCGGACUGCAGGAUCGGGCCCCUCUCCAACCCACACCCAAGCGUAAAGCUCAUCUUGUAGAUAAUCGCGGCUCAUUUUAGAGCUUUGUACAGAACGUGUUUUUUUCUUCGUUUGUUUGUUUUGUAUCGUGUCAGAUGCACAUCGAUAACAAAUCAUGGAGGCAAAGUAUUCUUUGAAAAUGUAUUUCAAAAUAAAUCUUUUUUUUUUUUUCCAAAUACCUCCCGCCUUCUUGUAUUAUUCUCUGAGCAUUUGGGCUUUUUUUUUCCUGCUGUGUCAAUGCAAUGGUAAAGCAUAUUGAAUAAAUUUCCUAGCCGGGUAAUUGUACUGUCACAACAAUUUUGGUGAUCGCUUUUGUUUGGUCUGUUCCACUGUCGCUGUUGUGUUACCUAUUGUUAAGUAAAAUGAAAGUGCCUUAUUUGAGAGUUUAUAGCUCUAUUACUUAAUAAUAUGAAUGUCUAAAUAUUAACUUCUGUACUUUUUUUCCCCUAUUUUUCCCGAACGAUUUUUUUAAAC